CGCCGGGAAAUCAUCAACGGUUUUCCGCCGCGAGAGCACGUACCUCGUCCAAGUUUCGGAGCGACGACACUCGCGUCCGUCUUGCGUAUUUGAACACGAUUUUGUCAAAAGUUUCUCAACCUGUGUGAAGUGAACAAUAAGAAUUUAUUUUUGUUUUGUGGGAUGUUAGUGAUUUUGUUGUGCUUUUGCUAAAGUUUUGGUGACUUCUCUGAUACUUAUUGGAGUCCAUCAAUCAAGCCCCACUCUACGAGGACAAUUGAGACAGACCGCGAACAUCUGUAGCACUUAACAUGUCCAGCUAGACUAUUCAAUGUCCAUCUGAGAAUGACAAUUCCGGAGUAAACUUCAGUGAGGAGACAGAAAUAAAUCUGUUAUCAAUGAACGACCUAAAUUACAACGCAGGGAUGAGUUCCUACCAAUUCGUCAACUCCCUGGCGUCCUGCUAUGGGAAUCAGGUGCCAGGUCGCACGGGAACGCCUGUAGAACAAGCAGGUCACCCUGGAUUACCGACGCCUGGAGCGGACUAUUAUAAUCCAAAUGCUACAGCUUCGUAUCCAAAUACAUGUUAUUCACCACCACAGGUGGGUCAUCAUUACCCGCAACAUCCGUAUGCGACGCCGGCAGCCGGUGCUCACAUGCAACCACAGACUAUGAUCGACUACACACAACUGCAUCCACAAAGACUUGGCGGCACGGCGAGCCAUGUGCACCAACAUUCAAAUCCAAGCCCUGGAGCGCUUUCCCCGAAUCUAAUGUCGACGCCGCCCAGUCAAGCCGCCAGUGCAAGUUGUAAAUUCGCCGAUUCAACCUCUACAACAGGUUUAGCAUCGCCGCAGGACUUGUCAACUUCUUCAGGACCAGGUAGAACAUCACCGGGUUUCGGAAAUGUCGGUAAUCCUAGCGGCACGACCAGUACUAAACUCGGAUUGACCACUCCGAUCGCUUCCCCAGUGGAGCACAAGGCGAAUAUCAAUCAAAACAUCUCGAGCCCUGCUUCUAGUACGUCUAGCAACGAAAGCAAUGAAGCGAACAAUUCAAGUUCAAGCAAUACGAAGAACGCGAAAGCUUCAGGCAACGCUCAAGCAAAUCCACCGCAGAUUUACCCAUGGAUGAAAAGAGUUCACCUAGGCCAAAGUACUGUUAACGCGAAUGGAGAGACGAAACGACAGAGGACGUCGUACACCCGGUACCAGACACUCGAACUCGAGAAGGAGUUCCACUUCAAUCGGUACCUGACGCGGAGAAGACGGAUCGAGAUCGCGCAUGCCCUCUGCCUCACAGAGCGCCAAAUCAAAAUCUGGUUCCAGAACCGGCGCAUGAAGUGGAAGAAGGAACAUAAAAUGGCAUCGAUGAAUAUCGUCCCCUACCAUAUGAAUCCGUAUGGCCAUCCUUACCAAUUCGACCUUCACCCGAGUCAAUUUGCGCACUUGUCAGCAUAGGAUCAGUGGAAUUUUUCGAAUAGUGGAUAACUGAUUUACUAACCCUAUUAGUCGACCGUUGUUAACACGGAGUUGUGUGUAACAUCACAGUAGUGUGUGAUGUUACAGCAACUAGACUAGAUCAGUUAUUCGCUGUUCGAAAAAUUUUAUUAGACUAAUCUGUUGACAGUUAUUGUUGUGACAUUCAGUGACUAUAGACAAAGUGUGUUUGUGCUGAAACAAAAGAAGUGGAUACAGAAGAAAACAAAGGAUAUCAACGAAACAUUCUUAUUUUCUCAAAUAAGCCCUAUCUGUACAUAAUCUUAAUUCCUAAAAUUCUUAAUUUGCAGCUAUGUUAUAAAUAACUUAUAAUCAACAUGGAUGUGUCAAAUUGUUGAUUUAGAAAGAAUUUUGCCUAGUCAUAAGCUAAAAAUUGAUCUGCAAUGUAUUCCUAAAAUUGUAAGAUAUAAACAAAUUAAUAAUAAUUGUGUAAAUUGUGAUGGCUAGUUAGAACAUAGGAUAGGGAUGUUUCUUAGAUUUCAAAUAUUAAAAAUAUCAAACAUUAAACAAACUUAAUGACAUAAUAUAAUAGUUAUGGUGUAUAUAGCCGUCACGCAAAGUAACAAAUUCGGAAAUGUACAGGGAUAAGAUAAUUAUUUGGCGAAAUAAAUCAAAAUUGAAUUAUGAUUACCGAGGAAACGGAUAAUUUUUACACAAAUCAUUCAAUUAAUAAUGAGUAUAAUAGAUUAGCAAGGGCUUUUAAGGACGCUGUGAACUUAAUUACAGGAUUUAAGCUCAGCUAAUUUAGAAAACUGUGAAUAAGUAGUUGUUUCUUCUUAAUUUGUAAAUAAUAUAAAAUAAUUUGUCAUUAGAAAUAUCUGAAAAAGUUUAAUAUAUUUACUUGUAAACUAUGUAUGAACUUUUUCGACGAACUGUUUUAUGUUCCUGUUCUUAGUUGUAAAUAACAAAUGGUAUGAAUAUUAUGAUUAUAAGAUCAUGGUUCUUAGUUAUUAUCAUUUAGAAUAUCUAUAAAUAGUUUUAAAUGUCCACCAACGAUACCAACUUCUUAAUUCAUAUUAUGACUAAUGCGUACUUUAAAAUCUUUAAUGUCGUAUUUGUAAAAUGUACUUAAAAUAUAAUUAGUGAGUAAAGAUUUUUUUUAAUUUCUUCUAUGAAGUAAUCUAAUGUUACCUUUAUUCUAUUUUAUAUUAUUCUUCCAUUCGUUUCACAGUUUCAUUUAUUAUUAUUGCUUAAAGUUUUGUUAUAACUUCGUAAAAUGUCGUGGUCAGCUGUGAUAUUUUGUUAAAUUUUAUUCUUAAGUAAAACAGCUCUUUGAGUUACAUCGGAUUGUGUGGUUGUAUCAUUUUGCUUAUUAAUUUCGUCUUUUUCUGAUUCAUUUACAACACAUGCUUUAUUUAUUGUUUGUAUAUAGUAGGUUUGGUCACGUAGAAUAAUUAAAUAAUUUUUGAAACAUAAUUCGUAAGAUGCUCAUGUUAUUGCUUCAAUAACAUUUUCCCAGUUGUAAAUUAUAUUGUGCAAUAGGAAGUGGCCUAUUAUUGAAACUGACUCUAUUAUUUCGUAUUUUGUAUAUUAUUGUUUAUUUACUUGUGUUAUUUCUUUCUAAUUAAUAAAUAUAAAUAUCUUUAUCGUUCAUUCCAGUUAAAUGAGAGCUCUAGUGAAGUAUGCUACAUGAUCAUUUAAAUUAUUGUAUUGUAUGAAUAAAGUGUAUUAUUAAAUUUGAGAAAAUUGGUGAAAAUGAUAAAAUAAAUUAUAAAUAUAGA